UAACAUUCCAACACAUCCAUAAAACCAGCAGCUGUAAUGAAGACUUCAGGAUAAGUGAAGAAGAAGAGAGAAAGUAAGGGACACGCUUCAGUGGAAUGCUGUCAGCGUGGUUUGCGUGAUCUCCUCCUCCUGCGGUCCCUCUCUAUAUAAGUGCUUGCCUUUAGAGUCAGAGCUGCCGGAGUUCCUUCACACAGCCUGCAGGAGAGAACCGGGAUUCCCUGAAGUGUCCAAACAUCACAGCAGGAAACACUGAAGAGCGACAGCCUCAUGAGAUGGAGGUUUCACAGAAUCAUAUCCGCAUUCACGUGAUUGAGGACGUGGGCCAGAAUGGGACGUCUCGAAAUCAAGUCAUUACUAAAGAUCCGGUCUCGCAGCAGCGCGGAUCCACUGUGAGCUUCCACAACAUCCAGUACAAUGUGACAAUAAAGAGUAGGUCAUGUAAGAAGAAGAGCAUCACUAAGGACAUCUUGGUAGAUCUUAACGGAAUCAUGAAACCUGGUUUAAAUGCAAUUUUAGGCCCCACAGGAUGUGGCAAAUCUUCAUUUUUGGAUGUGCUUGCAGCGAGGAAGGAUCCCUCAGGUCUUUCUGGUGAAGUCCUAAUUGAUGGAGCUCCACAGCCAUCCAACUUUAAAUGCCUUUCUGGCUAUGUUGUACAGGACGAUGUGGUGAUGGGCACUUUGACUGUGAGGGAGAAUCUGAGCUUCUCGACCGCACUCCGCCUUUCAUUCUCUGUAAAACAGAAAGAAAAAGAGGCCAGAGUCAAUCAUCUCAUUUCAGAGUUAGGCCUCAGUAAAGUUGCAGACAGAAGGGUGGGUACUCAGCUGAUUCGUGGCAUCUCUGGAGGUGAACGAAAGAGGACUAGCAUUGGCAUGGAGAUGAUCAUUGACCCCUCUGUACUGUUCCUGGAUGAACCCACUACAGGCCUGGAUGCCAGCACCGCCAACUCUGUUCUGCUGCUGCUUAAAAGAAUGGCCAAAAAUGGACAUACCAUUAUAAUGUCCAUCCACCAGCCACGCUAUUCCAUCUACCAGCUCUUUGACAACCUCACACUGCUGGUCAGUGGCAAACAAGUCUACCAUGGACCUGCCCAUGAUGCACUGGACUACUUCGCAAACAUUGGUUUUGUUUGUGAACCCCAUAACAACCCAGCAGAUUUCUUCCUGGAUGUCAUUAAUGGAGACUCUAUAGCUACGACUAUGGACAGGCUGCAGAAAGGAGAAGAUCUAGAGUUGGAUGAUUCAGACACAAAGCAGAGCAUUGAAGAGCGGCUGGUGGAGGAAUACAGGAAAAGCAUCUAUGCUCAGGAAACCAAGGCUGAACUGGAGUGUAUCUUAAGGGGCAAAGACUACAGCACCAAACCCAAGUCCCGCACCAUCACUUACAACUGCGGUUUCUUCCAUCAGCUAAACUGGGUCACGAAGAGAACGUUCCGGAACCUGACGCUAAACCCUCAGACCUCUAUUGCCCAGUUGGCAGUGACAAUUAUCAUGGCACUCAUUGUUGGCGCCAUUUUCUUUGGAGUGAAAGACAACCAGAGCGGCAUACAGAACAGGUUUGGAGCUUUGUUCUUCAUCACCACUAACCAGUGUUUCAGUACAUUGUCAGCUGCAGAGCUUUUCAUCACGGAGAGGAAGCUCUUCAUACAUGAAUACACCAGUGGCUACUACAGAGUGUCGGUGUACUUCCUGUCCAAGAUCCUGUCCGACAUCAUCACUCUGCGCACGAUCCCUGCUGUGGUCUUCACCUGUAUCGUCUAUUUUAUGAUUGGAUUUAAGCUUGACGCCGCCGCAUUCUUCAUAUUCAUGUUCACAGUGAUUUUAGUGGCAUACACAGCCACAGCUAUGACCAUGGCUAUCUCUGCUGGUCAGUCUGUUGUGGCCAUCGCAAAUAUCUUUAUGACAAUCAUCUUUGUUUUCAUGAUGAUCUUCUCCGGUCUGCUGGUGAAUCUGGAAAGUGUCAUGGCUUGGCUUGCCUGGCUUAAGUACCUGAGCAUCCCACAUUACGGACUUACGGCUUUGGAGAUCAAUGAGUUUGUGGGAUUGACAUUUUGUGGGAAUCUCUCAGACCAACUAAUAACCAACAACACUCAAGGAAUCAUCUGCACAGGAGAGCAACAUCUGCAGGCCCAAGGGAUCGACUACUCUACAUGGGGUUUAUGGAAAAACCACUUAGCCAUGAUAAUUAUGACCAUUAUAUUUCUCAUCAUCACCUACAUCAAGCUCAGGUUCAUGCGCAAGUUCUCCUAAGGGCUGAGAACGCUGUUCCUUUGACUUAUUUGUGGAACUGCAACAUGGAGAGUUGCCAGGUUGAGACCUACAGCUUGGAAGAUUCCACGUUUGGUCGAAUUGCCAAAAGUUGUUUAGAAUAAUGAAGGACUGAAACGGAUAUUUAAUUUAAAUGACAUGAACAGCUACUACACGUGGCGGCUAAAUUAAUCACACAAAAUAUAUGCUUUUUUUGUGUAGAUUCUGAAUAAUGUCUUAAUCCAACUGUAGUCAGAUGAACAUAAUUGUAAAUAAUGAAAGUGAUUCAGGUUUUCUUUUUAUAUUCACUUUGUAUUGUGGAUUUUUACGUUCUAAUUCAUGUUCACGAUUCUUUUUGUAUCGUUCUUUAUUACCAGAUAUAAACAAAAAAGUGUUUU